AGUUCAUGGUAUCUGAACUACCAACUUCUAAACCGCAAGAAAAAGAAGAUCAGCACAAAGUAAGCACUGUAGUUGGCGGAUACGAGAGCAGUGAAGACUACACUUACAUCAGGGGUAGAGGAAGGGGACGCUAUGUAUGUCAACAGUGUGGUAUAAGAUGUAAAAAACCUUCGAUGCUCAAAAAACACCUCAGAACGCACUCGAACGAUAGACCUUACACAUGCGAAAAAUGUGAUUUUAGUUUCAAAACGAAAGGGAACUUAACCAAACACAUGAAAAGUAAAUUACAUACGAAAAAUCACUCGGCCAGUUUCACACCAACACAGAGAAAUACCGAAAGCUCCGAUUCUGACUGUGAAACGGGCGACGAAGAUUUUAGCGACGAAUCGACGAGACAACAAGAGCACGAAGCAGCCUACGGCUUACUCUCCCUCUCUCAGAAACCGACAUCCGGCAACACCGUCGCUGUCCAACCGAACAACUCUUCGGAAAUCUUCAUGAGCACCGAAGAGAUCGCGUAUGUGUCGAAGACCAGCUACGCAAAGAACAAGAUCCUGGACGAAAGGAACGUCGGCGGAUUUAAGAAGAUGAACGAGGUUCCUGUUUCUGCAGUUUCCGAGCACGGGAAGCAGCAAGGAGUUACCGAGUAUUUGGGGAAGUGUACAGUCAGGCCGUUGACGUAUCCGUACACCACCGUUUUACAGGAUAAAGAGCUUUCGCCGCGGACGCCUGAUUGUGAACCGCCUCGGAUAGAAACGUCAGUAACACCAGAACCUCCAAAAUCUAUCAAGCAGUUUCACGUCAUCCAGAAGUACGUUCAACCUCAGUUAUCACCGAAGUUGCAGGACACCAAGAAGAUCGAGCUGUCACCUAGGAAAAAAGAGAACAAUACGGCUGUACCGGAAAGCGUUAUAUUGAAUAACAAGAAGAAUCUGAACAUCACUGUUAAUAGGGUACUGCCAACGCUGAAGAUCAACGACGUCAUCGUCGCGAACGAUGGCGUAGUCGAUCCAAGAAAAAGGAAAUACCCGCCGGUUGAAAACAGCCAUAAGAACAAGAUACAGAGGAACGAAGAGGUCAUGGAUCUGUCAAAACCUGACAGAUUGAACGGCGUCGCGGAACCUGUGUUGAAUAACGUUCAGAGGGCGGUCGUCGAACCGCAGAAAAAUGUUGCCAACGAAAUUUACAACACUUUGCAGAAAGUUUCCGACAGUCCGAAUAGGUAUGACUUGAACGAGGAUACGGAUGAUUCUUCGUACGGUUACAGACCAAACGAAUCGUUUAUGAACAACAGGACGGUGGUGAUUGUUAGGCCUCUGCAGUCCGAGAACCAUCCGAACGUUAACUUUACCAACCCUAGAGGACAUUCUGACGACGGUUAUGACAACAGUGCCAUGGAAACGUUGGCAGAUGUCGCCACUAAACAGGUUAAGUUGGAGAAGAAUAUGCUGGCGAAAAGCGUAGCGUCGGAAUUCUUGAAGCUGGCCACGAAGAACGACGGUUCCGACAUGAACAGGGAAACGACGAAUUUCACGCCUACUUCAAAAGACGUCAACGAUAUCAUCGUGAAAUCGGAGGGGAACAAGAACUGCACAAUUUGCUCGAAAAGCUUCAACAAACCUUCACAGUUGAGGCUUCAUAUGAAUAUUCAUUAUCUGGAAAGGCCGUUUCGUUGUGAUUCCUGUUCGGUCAGUUUUCGCACGAAAGGACACUUGCAAAAACAUGAAAGGAGUGCGGGUCAUCACAACAAGCUGUCGUCAAGCCCAGCGCUGUCCACUUCCGAGCCGAGGCCGUUCAAAUGCGCCGAUUGCAACAUAGCGUUCCGCAUUCACGGCCAUCUGGCGAAACAUCUGCGCUCAAAAAUGCACAUCAUGAAGUUGGAAUGCUUGGCGAAGGUGCCGUUCGGCCUCUACGCCGAAUUGGAGCGCUCGAACAGUUUGCUCACCGAGAUCAACACGUGUGACGGGGAGCAGUGUCUGGAGAGUCUUAAGACUUUAGCCAAGAAGGUGUUUAUGAACGACCCAAAUAAACUAAGUCAACUAGAGACAGCAGAAACUGUUAGUGCUGAUUGUUAGUCUUAAUUUUAUAUACAGUUAUUAAGUAAUUUCUAUUUACUGCCGAAGACUGAAAAUUUAAAGAAUUAAUUAGAAAGUAUACAUUUUAUAGAUAAUAUUUUAUUGUUGGAACAUUCUACUUAUAGAAUCGUAGUCGAUAUCCUAGAUGAGUAAUUGUCUGGUUUUCAGAUGUGUCAAAUAUGAUAAUUGUGAUAUACUUUUUAAGUUUUGUACAUACGAUUGAGGUUUUAUUUUGCCAGAAAUUGUAAUACUUUAUUUUUCUUUAACAAAGAUGCAAUUUAUUUACUUUCUAACUAGAACGAACUUUUACCGAUCUUAUUUUUAAGAUUUUUCUGUUUGUACAAGAUACUAUUUACCUGUUUUUAGGUACGGACUAGAAUGUUUCACUUCGGAUAAAGUCGCCAAACGUCCGUCAUUUCGAUUUUGUACUGUUCUUUGCAAUUUUUAUUGUGAUUUUUUCUUCUAGGAUUUCCAGAUUUGCUGUCUAGUCCGAAACAUACAAAGGGUAGCAUAAAAGUUUUUAUUAGUCGGAACUUCAAACUCCGUUUUUAAAAACUUUAUUUGGUUCGAAAAAUAGUGUGCAUGGACCGAACCGGAAUUACAGUGUGUGUGUUCGCUGUGACUGAGAUUGAAAGACUGGCUCAUAAUUAAGAUAAAAUCGUGAGCUAGUAAAAAGGAAUACAAUGGAAUUAUUAUAUCAAUUAAUAAAGUGUAAAAAGACAGCAACUCCUCCACCCUUAAGAUGAAGUUUUGGCGGGCACAAACACCGUAAUCCGGUUCGGUCCUUGUAUACUAUUGUCGGAACCAAAUACAGUUUUUUUUAAAACGGAUGACUACAUACAGGAUUUGUCCGGAAAGGAUAGGACUGAGUCGAUUUAAAAAAAUUUAUUGAGCCAAGGCAUUCUACGGAAUAGCCUUGAGAGCCGCGGUGCAUGCUGCUUGGAUCCCCUCUGUCGUCUCAAAGUGCUUGCCUUUCAUCGAGGAAACAACAAAAAGUCCGGGGGGAACAUCUGGGCUGUAGGGCGGCUGCGGAAGCGUUGGGGUGCCGGCCUUGGUCAGGUAGCUGUUCACAAGAAAGGCGGUGUGAGCCUGGGCCUUGUCGUGGUGCCACUUCCAGUCGGCUGCGAUGUCUUGUCGGACCCGACUGACCCUUCGUUUGAGUCUCCUGAGCACUUCCGCGUAAAACUUGGCGUUGACGGUUUGUCCAGGAAGAAAAAAUUCGUGGUGGACGAUGCCUUUGAUGUCAAAAAAGACAAUGAGCAUCGUUUUCACUAUGGAUUUGCUCAUUCUUCCCUUUUUUGGGCGAGGAGACGCCGUCGUGUGCCACUCGGAAGAUUGCCUCUUUGUCUCGGGAUCAUACUCAAAGAUCCACCACUCGUCACUUGUGAUUACGUUUUCCAUAGACUCUAUGACUUUAGGCAGACACUGUUCCGUGUACCACUUCUCCUCUAUCUGUUGGUAUGUCACUCUCCGGUCUCCGUCAAGCAUUUUGAUAUCCGACGUUCGCGGCUUUCCUUCCCUCCAGAGUGAGAUUGCCACUUUGGAAUUCUCCGUGCCACCUGAAUAUAGUCGUACGAUAGGACAAUCAUUCUUUAAUGACUGCGUCAUUUCUUCUAUGCUUAAACCACGCGUAAAGUUAUACCGUAAAACUGCCCUUGUCUCACUACGUGACCACUUUACACUGUCAAUACGAAUGAACAACUAAAUCCACAAACGCGCUGUUGGCGGCUACUACGCACUCAUGGACAUGCAGCCUCCUGCGUCCAUUUGUUGUCACAUUGCAAAUUUUUUGUAGUACCCUUUGUACGUUUCCCAUUUUAUAAUCGGUAAUUUUUCGACGUGAAUGGUGUACAAAAUCGACAAAAUGUCCGGACAUUUCAAACUUUUAUCGUAAGUUUUACGUUCUAAAGCAUAUGUUAUGCUAUAUAAAGGUUUAAGUAUGCUGAAAGUGUAUUGAGUUGAUGUAUAAAAAAAUUGUGUUGACCUUUAUUGUAUAUAUUUGUUUGUAUCAAAUCGAUAGGAUACAUAUUUUGUUAAAUGUUGUUUCCACUGUUAAAAAAGUACAAAAAUGUUGGAAUGCU